CCAAAGAAGAGCCAUUCUUUAUCAACCACAUCACGGUGUGACUCAGAAGUAGACGUGCCGUGAUAUAUUGAAUGAGCAUGACAUAAAAGGGUCAGGAAUCUGGUAUGGAGAGUUUGGUGCACUGUGUCGACAUGGUCUUCUUUGGACUGACCCACCAUUCUCAAGACUCUGUAUCAUCAAGAUGAGGAUUUGCAACCAUAUAAAAGGGUCUGUUUUCUGAGGAUCCCUCAUUCACUGGAUCACUGCCUUCCCUCAGCUGGCUUUGGCAUUCAGUAAGAUCUAUCAAGAAUGCCAGAAGAAAGAAUCUACUCUUCCGGGAGGGAACCAUAUUUUAAUUUGAACUCCACAUGGUACGAUCCUGCAGGGUCAUGGCUGGAUACCCGCCGCAAACCAUUCCGCUACGCGGACAAUACCUGCUGUAUAACUGGUUGCAACCGCAGGGAUGACAUCCCGAGAAGAGGAGGCCAUGAUUACCGAUGCUACGGCUACCGUCAAUCCACCUGUAGAUCAGGGGGUAACCCAAGAGUGAGAUGCUGCGUCCACAACCCCUCGGGAGGACCCCGAGACUAUUGGGGGCGACCAAUUGGGGAUGCGUGCAAUGGUAAUACAGGUGGACAUUAUUCUAAUGAAGAGUCAGUCUCUGGAAAGCCAUGUUGUGGAUCUUCAGGAGGGUGUGGCAGUGAAGGAACAGGGGGUUGCUCUCAGCCAUGCUCUAAAUCAGUAGGAUGCAGCAGUGGUGGAAAAGGAAUAUGUUCUAAGGCAGGAGGAUAUGGCAGUGGAGGAAGAGGGGUAUGUUCUGCACCUGGAGGAUGUGGCGGUGGUGGAGGAGGAGUAUGUUCCGAGGCAGGAGGAUGCAGCGGUAGAAGAAGAGGAUUAUGUUCUGAGCCAUGUGGCAGACUUUUAAGAAGGUUCCAAAAAUCUCGACGAUCAGCCUGCAAAUGAUGUUAAGAAAAUUUACUUUGCAUUGAUCCAUAAAGUUUGGAUGGUUGUGUCUCAAUCAUGUAGAAGAACAGAAGAACAUAAGAGAAGCCAUGUUGGAUCAGGCCAAAGGGCCAUCCAGUCCAACACU